AAAAAAGGGAGAGAGAAAGAGAGAGAGAGAGAGAGAGAGACAGAGACUCUUCUUCCCGAGAAGUUUGUUCUUCUGGACUCUGUGGUUUUUUUUUACAGGCUGUGUGUGUGUGUAUAUAGAUAUCUAUAUAUAUAUAUAUCUAUAUACACCUAUACAUUUGGGGCGUUUGUGCGUGUGCGCGGGGUUUUUUGGGGGGAGCAAGUUUGUUUGGAAUAUGGUCGGGGAAAUGGAGAAUAAGGAGCGACCCAAACCGACCCCAGACUAUCUCAUGCAACUGAUGAACGACAAGAAGCUGAUGAGCAGUCUGCCCAACUUCUGCGGCAUUUUCAACCAUUUGGAGAGGUUACUGGACGAAGAGAUUAGCAGAGUGCGGAAAGACAUGUACAACGACACAUUAAAUGGCAGCACAGAGAAGAAGAGUGCAGAGUUACCAGAUGGCGUGGGGCCUAUUGUACAGUUACAAGAGAAACUUUAUGUGCCUGUUAAAGAAUAUCCAGAUUUCAAUUUUGUUGGACGAAUCCUUGGACCCAGGGGGCUAACGGCAAAACAGCUGGAAGCAGAGACUGGAUGCAAAAUCAUGGUCCGAGGAAAGGGCUCAAUGAGGGACAAGAAAAAGAUGUUACAGGAAGAGCAAAACAGAGGCAAACCCAACUGGGAGCACCUGAAUGAAGACCUGCACGUAUUAAUCACUGUGGAAGAUGCACAGAAUAGAGCCGAAAUCAAGCUAAAGAGGGCAGUGGAGGAAGUUAAGAAAUUGCUUGUACCAGCAGCAGAGGGAGAGGAUAACCUUAAGAAGAUGCAGCUGAUGGAAUUAGCGAUAUUGAACGGCACCUAUAGAGAUGCCAACAUCAAAUCACCUGCCCUUGCCUUUUCUCUUGCAGCGACGGCCCAAGCUCCACGGAUCUUAACGGGGCCCACAUCGGUUCUUCCACAAUCUGCAUUGCGUGCCCCUACACCAGCUGGUCCAACUAUUAUGCCUUUAAUUAGGCAAAUUCAAACAGCGACAGUCAUGCCUAAUGGAUCUCCUCAUCCGAAUGCCAUAGUUCCUCCUGCACCUGAAGCCGGUCUAAUCUAUACUCCCUAUGAGUAUCCUUACACACUGGGACCAGCUACUUCCAUCCUGGAGUAUCCCAUUGAGACAAGCGGAGUUUUAGACCACAUUUCUAAUGGUUUCAUGGGUGGUGCCAUCUUGAAAAUACCGACGAUGCUUAGCACUGGGCCCUUUGGUUCUGGUGCAGUGGCUACUAAAGUUCGAAGGCACGAUAUGCGCGUCCAUCCUUACCAAAGGAUUGUGACCGCAGACCGAGGUUAGUUUAGUUCUGGAGUUCUUGUUUUAUGGCAAAUGUUGACUGAAAGGUGCUGCUUUGCAACAUCAGAUCAGGUGGAGUUGACAGAAGGUCCAAAUAGAAUGAGGGCCAGUCAUGUCCUUUUUUAAUAAACGUAAAUACCACUUUACUCAAUAACUUCAGAUUUUUGUUGCAAAGCUUUGUAAGAACUUUCAAAUGGAGGCACAUUACAUUAGACUGUGAGACUGGAGGGCUUCUGUGUAUUAGGCUGGAGAAAGAGAAUAUUAGACUUCCUGUUCCUUGCCUGGUAAAUGAUAGCUAUUGAGAUGCAUGUUCCUAACUGUCGACAUAUAUUUAGUGUUAGGGAGGGAGAAGAAAUGCUAGCAUUUAUUAAAGAAAGGAAUAUAAGGUUUGGAAAGGACAUUUCAAAAUUACUUCUGAAAAAGCUGAUUCCUUUUCCUUGAAGAAAAUAAGUCCCUGUGCCUUUAUAAAAUCAUUUUGUACAAUAUUGAACAUGAUUUCUUUAAUCCAUGUAGUACUCUUUACAAUCUACAUUGGGCCCAUGUUAUCUUGAGAUGGGUAGCAAUUUGUUUGAAUUUUGUUUUACUCCCCAGAGUUUUUACAAGAGAAUUUAACAGGAAACUGAAUGUUCAUUUUUCCCAGCCUAAUUGUUGCCAUAGUUACAUACACACCCUUAGACCCACAAGUGGAAAAUAAAAUUACAGUAUGAAAGAGUACUUUGGGCUCAUUAACAUACACCAAGUUUUGGCAGAUAAGGUUCUUAUGAUCUGAUUAAUCUUUAAAGGCAUCAUCGCAUCAACCUAAGGCAAUGUAGACCUUUGGCUCCUCAGAACAUAUGGAAGGGUAUUCUAUUGCCUUCCAUUUGUACAAUAUUCAGCAUGGCUAUUUGUAAAAUAACAAAAUUAUUCCCAUUAUCAUCUUCCUAAGGGUUUGUUUUUGAAAAAUACAAUAUUUGAAGUGCACUUUACAUUUUAAAAGUUAAGCCUGCAUAAGAAGAUAUUUUUUAACACAUAGUAUGGGAGAAUCUGGUGCAUAGCAAUGGAGUUAAAACCAACUCUAAACAUACUGAAAGUCAGCUUUCCAUCACUCGCCAUGUUCCAUUGCUUUGCUGCCUUACUGCCAUCCACAAAUGCAAAGUGUACACGUUCAAUGGUGAUUAUCAGCCAGCAUCGAGAGGAGUGUUAAAAGUCUAAAUUAUCGCUUUGUAUUCUACAGUAAAUUUGUGGACAUUUUAUUUAUUAAAGAGUAUUGCUGUUCAAAACCAGCAAUGUCUGCCAACUGGGUCUAAGGGAUUUCUAUAUUCAAUAUAAUAGCUUCUUCAAAUUAUUUUAAUUACUGCUGUUGGUAGGUUGUUAGAUAGGUGGUUCUCUUUCUUUGCAUAGGAUUAAAUGUUUCUUUAGCAUGAAUUUUGCAACAGUAAAAAAAAAUUCCUGUUGAUUUAGAUUUAUUACUUUUAACUAAGCAUUUAGGAUUGGUGAUGGGUUGAUGACUGCAUAGCUCCUUACUGCUAAGAACAUGAUCCUGUAGUGUAUUUUUACAAAAUUGCAUUUGGUACAAAUAGCAAGAUAGACAGACUGACUGAAGUAAUUGGAAUAAACUCCACUUUGUGUUGCACAGUUAUUGAACCUGUGUGUACUGAAAGCCUUGGACUGAACAGAGGAUUUAUGGCAGGUGUAUUGGUUGAUCAAAGAAAUAAUAGCCAUUUUGUUGGCCCUUUUUGGCUGUAUAUUUUAAAAGAUGAUGAACUAUAACUGAAUCAUCUUCUGUGAGCAGAUUAUAGUAUUUAAACAUCCUCAGAAACUCAAACUCAAAGGUAACUCACGACAAAAUAUAUUUUUAAAAACUCCUAACGAUCAAUGUGCAAAUUGUCUUGAAACUUAAUUUUGGAAUAUCAAAAUGAUUACUGUGGCAUCAAUUUUCUCUCCAUUUUUAAUGGGUGCCUUAAAAGUAGCGUCAUCUUAGUAUUAGAUAUUGUACCAUCAUGAACUCAGAGGUACCACUAUAGUGAUAUUGCUUGGAUGAGCACCAUCCAGUGCAAAUCUUUUCUCAAAUAUUGGCUGCUGGUUGAUGCCCACUACUUUUAGCUCACAUAUUUAACCUGAGCCAAUGUGUAGUUCUUCCAUGUGAAUCAGUUAAAAAUGUAAUUUUUUUUAGACUGAGGAGGACGAGGCCCACAAUUGGAAACCUGUCCAUGAAAUAGUGAUUUAAAUACAGCUAAUGUCUAGGCCAUCAAAAGGGAUGCUGUCAUUGAGCAUUACACCUACUUUAUCUUGCUGAAACGGCACAAAUUUGACUUUGCACUGAAUAAUUUAUUUCAUCUCCUCUGUUUAUGUCUUGCGGCCAACAGUACAAUCUUUUGGAACCUCAGAAUUUUGAUACAUGUUAAGCUGUUGAACAAAAGUCUUAUUUUACAUUAAGUGGACCAAGUUGGGUGAAGGGGAAUCAGAGAACAAAAGAGUGCAAAACAGAACGGUUCCAGAACGCUGUGACUUAUCAUUUUCCACUUGAGAACUUUUGUUUUACUGUAAUCAUCUCCAUUUUUAAUUUUUUUGCAAAGAAAAUAGUAUUACAGGUGGCUUCUUUUAAAAAAAUAUAAAAAUAUAAAGCAGGAAUGUAUAUGAAAAUGUGAGAUUUUAUUGUAUUUGCAGAGUAUUAGCAUUGAAAUUCAAUAAAGAGGGCUGUUUGUAGUUUAAAAUGUGCAUUAUAGUGUCAAGUAGAAAUUCAUCUAUUUUUGGAUAUAUUUUUAGGGCUUUAUAAAUGUAGACUUUGAAACGGCAGGACUUCUAUUGUGUUUACAUGCAAAUGCAUUUUAUACAAGACUGUCCUAUAAGUGUACAAUAGUACUCUCAACUGGAAUAUGUUGAAUAAAGUAAAAUACUUGGCCUCUUCCAAGUUCCCAUGAUGUAGCCUACACUGCUAGUCAUAUGAUUUAGAAAUGCUUGUAUUUUGAGGCCAAGAAUUUCAUAUUGUAAAUAGAAGAAUUCAAAGGCAAUAAAAUUUUAUUGAACAA